AUGGUUAGGUUGAGGGCGAGGUGUCUUCUGGUCGGAGAUCCAGCAGUGGGUAAAAGUGCCCUUGCGCAGAUGUUUCACAGUGAUGGGACUCUCUUCCAGAAGAACUACAGCAUGACAACAGGAGUGGAGCUGCUCAUCAAAAGCGUCAAUAUCCCCGAGAGCAGCGACAGCGUGGAGCUUUACAUCAUCGACUCUGCAGGGAAGGAAUCCUUGGUGGAAGCCAUUGAGAAAAUGUGGGGCGAGCCGUCUUUGGUGUGCCUGGUGUUUGACCUGACCAGUGAGCGCUCAUUUGGCAACUGCAGUCGGUGGAUGGAUCGGGUCCGCGCCCACUGCAGGGGUCUCCAAGUUCCCGGGGUUUUGGUUGGCAACAAGUGCGACCUGUCAGCUAGGAGGGAGGUGCAAACAACCAUCGCGCAGGAGUGGGCCCAGAGCGAGGGGCUAGAGUACCAUGAAACCUCUGCUAAAGAGAUGGAGAACUCUGAGGUCCCACUCCUAAGCUUAGCCCGUGCUUUUCACUCUCUCUACCAGGAACGCAGAGAGACCAUACAGAACCUGCGUCAAGCGUAA